CCACCUGGCACGGAGGACGCGGCCACGCUCUCCGAAGCAGCCUUACGCGACAUCGUCCGCCGAGAGGUCUCGGCAGCAGUGCCAGAAGCCCUCAGAAGUGGCCCAUCGCCUGGUGGCCUCCCAAUAGCAGGGGAAACCUAUUUCAGCUUGCAGUACUUGUACAGGAUCCUGCCCAAAGGUGACAUGAUAAUAUUUAGAGCAAUGGCUCAGUGUCAAGCGGGGUUGUCUAUGGUGGCAUGGAACUGUGAACAUUAAAUAUCCUAGUAGUUCCUGCUGUCAGGCACACUGGUUGGGAAAUGGGGUGUCCUGGUGUUGGUAGAGACCCAGGUAAGUCAGCAGAAUAUAGUAAUGACUGUUUGUUUAAAUAUCAACCUUUUCCAUUUGUCGUCCUGGAUGCUCCUCAACUCUGCAGCAACAUAAUUAUUCCCCA